UCUUAUUCGGCUCCAAUACUAAAUUCUGCGUUGCUACCACCUUCGGACGACAUUCCUCGGUUUAACACAAUAUUCGCUGUCACCACUGGAACGAGCUUCAUGACCAGCGCCCGCGAUACGCUGGACUCGACAUAACUUGCCACAGCCGCCAUGUCGCUCUCGCUCUAUCGCCGUAUCCUCCGUGUAGCAAGGACAUGGGAAGGCGGCUUCCACGAGCAGAAUUGGAUCCGGGCCGAGGCCAGGAGACGCUUUGAGGAGAACCGCACGUUGACAAGCCCCGCUGCGAUCGAGGAAGCUGUGCGCCAAGGCCACAACCAGGUGGAUGUGGCGCUACACUACAAAAUCUGCUACCCGCGCCCGCAGUACGUGGACCCAGGCACAAUGGGAGGCGAGAGCAACUUCCACCGCCAAUCUUCACGAGCCAACACGAGGCUUGGACGUCUACACAAGAGCAGACUCCAAGGUCAAUUUCGUCCAGGCAAACAUUAACUUCAAAUUUUUUCAUCUGUCAAUUUGCUUCGAAGUAAAUAUGAGAAAAAUAGUUCUUGAGGAAAUGGCAGUUGGUCGGAUAUUCUACAUGUAUUACGUUGAGAAAUUGACAAUCGAUGCAUUAAAAAAAUGCUUCGUGUGCGUACGCUAUAAAUUAUCUUACU